AUGAGGAUCGCAAAGACUUUCCUCUCCCUGGCCCUCGUGGCCGACGCUGUCUACGGCAGCUCGUGGUUUUCCAAUGCUGCCUACAACAAAUGGCACGAGACUGAGCUCGAGAGAUGGCUUUCCGACCACGAUGUCCCCUAUCCUACACCCGCGGACCGCAAGGAGCUUGAGAAGCUCGUCCAGUCCAACUGGGAUAACCAGGUGGUCGCUCCUUACAAGGAGUGGGAUACUGCCAAGCUCACCGACUACCUGAAGCAGAAGGGAAUCGAGACCAAGGACUCCGCCGGUUCCACCAAGGACUCUCUCAUCGACCAGGUCAAGGGUGUCUGGUAUGAGUCUGAGGACAAGGCUCACAACUCCUGGCUCAACGUGAAGGACUGGAUCUUGGACUCGUGGACUGACAGCCAGCUCAAGGCCUUCUGCGACCGCCAUGGCAUCCCAGUCCCCCAGCCCCGUAAGCGUGAUACCCUUCUCGAGAAGGCCCGUUCUAGCUACGAGACCAUCGCUCAAAAGGCUGGCGAGACUGCUGCCUACCCUGGCAACUGGCUGUAUGAGACCUGGUCUGAGUCUGACUUGAAGGAGUGGCUUGAUACCCAUGGCAUCCCUGCUCCCCAGCCCACUACUAGAGACAAGCUUAUCGCUACUGUUCGCCGCAACUCCCGCCUUGCCUAUCUCCGCAUGAAGGAACAACAGGCCAGUGCCACCUCCAGCGCCCAAGCUGCUUAUGCGACCCUGACCGACAAGCUCAUCGAUGCCUGGAGCGAGUCCCAGCUCAAGGACUUCUGUGACAAGAACGGAAUUCCCGUACCCCAGGGCACCAAGCUCAACCAGCUUCGUGCCCUUGUCCGCAAGCACCGCGCCGAUCUCCUUGGUGAUACCCUUUCUGCUUCUGCUUCUUCGGCUUUUGGUGCUGCUACCUCUAACAUCGGCUCCAACUAUGCCAAGGCCACUGAUGCCGCUUCCCAGGCUGCUGCGGAUGCUUUCGACAAGGCUAUCAACACGUGGUCUGAGACUCGCCUCAAGGCCUAUCUCGACGCUCGCGGUGUCCCCGUCCCCCAGGCUUCCAAGAUUGAUGAGCUCCGCGCCCUGGCCCGUAAGCAUGCCCACAAGGCUGCUUCUGGUUACACUGCUUGGACCUUCGAUGACUGGACCUAUGACAACUUGAAGGACUAUAUUCUCGCCCACGGUGAUGCCGCCAGCAAGAAGGUCGCCAACCAGGCCGGUGUUACCCGUGACCAGCUGCUCGCCGCUGCUCAAUCUGGAUAUGCCUCUGCUUCCGCUGCCGGUGGCGAUUCUUACGCCUCAGUUACUAGCUACCUCGCUAAGGCUACUGACUCUGCCAAGGCCCAGACCUUUGAUACCUGGAGUGAAAGCGAUCUCAAGGCUUACCUUGAUAGCUAUGGCGUACCUGUCCCCCAAGGUUCUACUCUUAACGAGCUCCGUGCUCUGGCCCGCCGUCAGUGGACUUACUUCAAGUACGGAACCUCGACACCGACCGAGACCGUCUUUGCUAAGAUCGGAGAGAGCGCGAAGGCCGGUUGGGAUUGGAUCAAGGGUCAGCUUCAUAUUGGUGCUGAUGCUGCCCAGAAGCAGGCCAUCAAGGCCGGCGACAAGGUCAAGGAAGGUGCUGAUGCCUACCAGAAGGGCGCCGAGAAGGUUGGCGACAAGAUCAAGGAGGAGCUCUAA